AUGGCAGUGCAAAGGCACACAACUGCAUCAACAUCAGCAAGACCCACAAUGAGGCUACAGCAAGGGGUCUUUGGUAGGGUCCCCAAAACAGGGUGCAGCAAAUCAUUCAACAAAUCGCCACAUACUCCAAGCUUAAGGGUGUCCUUAGGGCAAGAGGCUUUAGGAGGGCUUGGGCUUGGGGUCAAGGUCGGAGUCAAGGUUAGGGUUGAAGGAGGUUGUUCUGGCGUUGGGAUUAGGGUUAGAGGAGAUUGUGUUGGGGUUGUGGUUGAAGGAGGUUGUUCUAGCGUUGGGAUUGGGGUUAGAAGAGAUUGUGUUAGGGUUGAGGUUGGGGUUGAGGGGGGAGGGUGUUUUGGGGUUUUUGGUGGUAUUGGUGGAUAA